GAAGGCAAGCGUCCUCUUUUCCGCCUGUGUUCGCAGCGCUGCGACACAUGUGCGAGUUUAAUAAUAAUAAUUGAUCAAAAUGCGUAUCGAGAAGUGUUAUUUCUGCUCGGCCCCGGUUUAUCCGGGUCACGGAAUGAUGUUUGUGCGGAACGACUGUAAGUCUUUCAGGUUCUGCAGAUCCAAAUGCCACAGAAACUUCAAGAAGAAGCGAAACCCGAGAAAGACCAGAUGGACCAAAGCGUUCAGGAAAUCAGCGGGCAAAGAGCUGACGCUGGAUAACGCGCUGGAGUUCGAGAAGCGCAGGAAUAUUCCCGUCAAAUACAACCGAGAGCUCUGGAGCAAGACGAUGGAGGCGAUGAAGAAGGUCGAAGUUAUCAAGACCAAGCGCCAGGCUCGGUUUAUCAUCAACAGGUUGAAGAAAGGCAAAGAGCUGGGCAGGGUGGCCGUUAUCAGCGAAGUCAAGAAAAACAUUCACCUCAUCAAAGCUCCACACGCAGGUCAAGCCAAACGGCUGGAGGACAAGAUGGUCCAGAAACUGGCAGAGGACGUGCACAUGGAUGAGUGAACACUUUACUUCUGGACUUUCAGAAGCUUUCUGCUGAAAUAUUGAGAAUCCUGAUCUAUAUUGAUCAGAAUCCAGACGGAGUCAACGGGACUUAUUUACAUGUUCCCUCUGGAAUAAUCCUUCCUUUUGCUCUAGGGGCCGAAGAUUAUUAUGGACAUAAAGCUUUGUGUGUUGUAAGUGUCCAUAUAACUGAACAUCAACACUUCAACUCUAUGGAAUUUGUGCAAAAUAUGAAUUCCAAUAAAAAAAAAAAAA